AGUAGCUUCAAGAUGGCUCAGCUCGACACGAACGGCAAAGAAGGCGAAGUACUCCAUCUCGAGAAAGUGGAAGCAGCUCCAAUCAAGUCAUCCAUCUUCACACAAGAAGAUGAUCUCGGUGCCAAAAGACUCGAAAGGCGUCUGAAAUGGAAGCUCGACCUUUUUAUCCUGCCCUUGGUAUCUAUGGUAUACUUUUUUGCGUCGUUGGGGCGCUCCGACCUCUCCAAUACCAAGAUUUCUGGUCUCGAUGAGCAGUUGAAGCUGUCGGCCAAAGACUACUCGAAUGCUGCGAACAUGUUUCUUGUCGGAUAUGUAGUGUUCCAGCUACCGGGUACACUUCUGAUCAAGAAAAUCGGUCCUCCGAUCCAAUUUGGUAUCGCUAUGUUCAUGUGGGGUGUAUUUACCACGGUCUCUGUAGCCAUGACCAAUCGCAGUCAACUGAUGGCCUUGAGGUUUCUGAUUGGCGCAGCAGAAGCUUUCAUUCAAGGAGCUGUGUUCUAUCUCUCAUUUUUCUAUGAGUAUAGCGAGCUUGCCACCAGAGGCGCAAUCUUCUUCUCAACAUCAACACUAGCAGGUUCUUUCAGCGGCCUCAUAUCAUAUGGAGUGGUUGAGAAUCUCAAUGGAGCUCACGGCUGGUUAGCUUGGAGGUGGAUAUUCCUCAUCGAAGGAGUUUUACCAGUGGGAGCGACUCUUCUCGUGAUCUUUCUGCUCCCAUCGACACCAGAGAAGCUUGGCCGGAAUUUCAAAGAAGACGAAAGGGAAUUGGCUAUUCAAAGGAGUAGAAGAGCACACUACGAAGAAACGACAAAAUUGGAUUGGAAGCUGAUCCACACCCCGCUGCUUAGUGUACACUUCUGGAUCUUCGUAUUGCUUUACUGCGCUUCGCAUUUUUGCAUAAGCUCACUCCAGAACUUUUUGCCCGCUAUCAUAAAGGGAUUUGGGUAUUCAGGAGCGGACGCUCAAUUAUUUUCUGUCGCCGUAUACGCUUGUGCAUUUUUCGGUGUCAUCUUCUGGGCCCGAGUGUCUGAUUGCACGAACCGCCGUGGUUGGACAACAGCAGCUGCAAAUGUCUUUGCCGUUCUCGGAUAUGCACUGCUUCUCGGGUUGACAGGCACCAAAGCCAGGUUUGGAGCAACUUGCUUGCUAGCAUUUGGAGCUUUUGCAAACAUCGCUCUGCAGUUGACUUGGAUGACCAUGACCUUUGUUGGGUACACGAGAAGGAAAUUCAGCAUCAUUGGCAUUUUCAGCGAUUUGCGUAGUCGGCCCACUGGCAUUGAGUUGGUACUUGGAAAGGAUGAAUGA